UAGUAAUAUGCUUAUCAGAGUAUUUGAUAGACAAAAUUUCUAUACAGCAUCAGUACUGAUAUGGAUUCGAGAUGGUGAAACUGAUCAAAUUUACAUUGUGUGGAGUCUGUUAUAUGGUUUUGGUUGUAACAGUUUUUGGUGAAAUAAUUCCAAUACCAUGUAUGAAGAGACAAUAUGACUUAUAUGCAUAUGACUCUUUAAUACGGAGAAUUCAACCUACAUCUCUUUACACAUGUGCUGAAAAUUGUCUGCAGAUGAAAAUAUGCAAGUCUUUGAAUUAUUAUAAAGACGAAUGGAAAUGUGAAUUGAAUUUUGGCGUGACUACCAAAGAGAAAACUUCUGUAAUUUUUGUCGAUGCUUUGGACAUCCCAAUGGAAUAUGCAUGGCAUUGCAAAAAUCAUAACUGUACACGCGAAGAGAGAUGUUUUACUGAUGACAGUUUCCAAGUUUUGUGUUUACCGUUAAACAUAGAAUGUGGAAGCGACAUUGAAGAAGUUCCAAAUGCAUCUUGGUUGAACGGAGGUUCGUUGAUGGGAAACGAAACGUAUUAUACAUGUGAAAAUAAAACGGUUCCUUUACCAGAAAAAUGCAACCGACAAAUUUGUGUAAAUUCAACUGCAACUUGGCAUCUCAUAACAGAAGUUGAAUGUCAGCCAAAUGGAAACUGGGAAACAGCUAGUUUUUCCUGCAUAGAGUGCUUCGAAAGCCUUAGUGGUACAAAGUCUAACACUUCAAUAACACUGACCGGUCAACAUUGCCAAAGAUGGGACAAAACGUCACAGGCUCAAUCUUCCAAACUUACACCUGCAAUGUUUCCAGACGAUACUAUCUCAGCCGCUGAUAAUUACUGCCGCUCUCCAGUAACCGGAAGUGACCUUGAUCGGCCUUACUUUUGGUGUAUGACGGGGGACCCGAAAAUGACCUUCGAUGUGUGUUCCGUUCCAAUGUGUUAUACUGAAGAUCCAAAUAAUCAUUACCAACAGCUACCGGACCCCAUUCAUUCGUACACUCAACAUUUUGCAGACGUACCGAUCACCCGCUUUAAGUGCUACGAAACAAACAGUACCACCAUUCUUGAACAUUGUCCUGUGUCUCGGUAUGAAAACCGGAAAUGGUCAUCAGUGAAUCUAUCAUGUUCAGAUGUUGAUUGUCACGAUCCAGGUUCUGCCUACAUAGGGAAGAUGACGUGCACCGUGACCGGAAGGACCUGUCAGAACUGGAAUAGUCAAACACCUCAUGUACAUACAACUGUACCGGAUGACCCAAAGGACCAGACUAGCAAUUACUGUCGCAAUCCCGGGGAUGGUUACAGUGUACCAUGGUGUUACACAACGGAUCCAGAAGUGAAAUAUGAGUACUGUUGGAUCCCAAAUUGUUAGUGCAGUUUAACACAGUUCAACAUAUUUUACUUUUUUUCUGUAAAAUAUUUAUUUUAUAUUUUUAUUGGUCAAUCCUAAUCAAACUUAGGAAACUAUUGUAUUUGCCUUGAUUAUCAUCAUAGAAGUUUGAAACUUGCCGUUCUUUCUCCAUAUUUAUUAUGAGUAUUAUCAUUCUCUCUCGCAACGGAACAGUAAUCGCUGAAUCUGCAUUUAAGCCCAGUAUCAGAUAUAUGAAUUGUGUGAUUGAAAUUUGCUGUUAUGAAAAUUUUGAGCUCAUUCUAAAUAAGAAAUGUCUCUCCCUCGUGCAGUUUUCUGAUUUUCUUUACCAAAUUUAGAUACACUUUAUGUACGUUUUAGUUUCAAUAGCUCUUCGACUUUUUUAUGUUUCCUUUUUUCCGAAUACUUUCGUCUCUUGCAUCAAUAACAUUUAAGUUCGAAAUUGUUUUCAAAGGUACCAGGAUUAUAAUUAAGUACGACAGACGCUCAUAUCAAAAUAUAUAUAAAGCCAAAGUUGAAGAGCAUUGAGGAUCCGAAAUUCCAAAAAGUUGUGCCAAAUACGACUAAGGAAUCUAUGCCUGGUAUA